CUUUCUUGUAGAAGAUAAUACUUUUCAUCAAGACCACAAAAACAAGUUCAUUUUAUCUACAUCCACAGCCAGCUGUGGAAGUUUUCUAGCAUGUACUGGUGCAAAAAAUUCCUCUCUACCUCCAAUGGCAAGAGGAUUGACAUUCAGUGCAGGACUCACAGCCCUUAUUGCUCUUGCACUAGUCCAUGAAACACUCAGUGCUAAUGAUCAAUAUUACUGUCCCCCUUCUUCCUGUGGCAAUAUCCCCAACAUAAGCUCUCCCUUUCGAUUGAAGAGCGAUCCAGAAAGCUGCGGGGACCCAAGGUAUGAACUGUCAUGUGAGAACAAUCGAACGGCGUUACUCUUAUUUGCUGGAAAAUACUACGUACAAAAAAUCAGUUACAGUAACUACACAAUCAGGGUUGCAGACUCUGGUAUACCCAACGACAAUUACUUCUCCAUCAUCCCGACUUAUUCCUUAUCUCGCUAUAAUUUCAGUCCUCAAUAUGAAUCGGCAUAUUCCACAUAUCAGCGGAAGAUAACGAAGUACGAUAGUUAUCCUGAACUAUCAUGGAGUGUGGUUUACAUGAGCUGUGAAAAACCAGUGAAUUCUCAGUACUAUUUGGACACUUCUACUUGCAUUGACAACUCUUCUAACUAUAUAUCUCAUUCCAAGAGGUAUAGAUAUGUUAAAGUUGGUAAAACGAAUGCAACCGAAGUGGCAGACUCGUGCCGAGUAGAGAAGAUAACUCGGACAUCGUGGCCAAGAAAUGAUGACCCAAAUGUAUCCUGUAAAGAUGUCCACAAUGAAUUGGUAUAUGGUUUUGAGAUUUCAUGGCUCCGAGGUAAUUGUCAAAGUAUUUGCGGAAGAAAGGGCUACUGCUACCUCAAUGACACGAACCAUGUUCAAUGCCCGAUCGGAUUCCUGGACAACAUACGCUCAGCUUUGUAUUAUUAUGUCGUUCUUCCUUCUGGCCGUCUUGCGAUCUUCCUCAUCAUGAUACACCUUGCAGUCAAAUUUUUAUUUGGGACUCCAUUUGUGGUUGCAUUUUUAAUUUAUAAAUGGCGUAGGAGGAAUUUAUCAAUGUAUGACGCAAUUGAAGAUUUUUUGCAAAGCCACAAUAACCUCAUGCCCAUAAGGUACUCCUACUCAGAAAUUAGGAAGAUGACCAAUGGUUUCACGGAGAAAUUGGGAGAAGGAGGCUUUGCCACUGUAUUUAAAGGAAAGCUUCAAAGUGGUCAUCUUGUAGCUAUAAAGUUGUUGGAUAAGUCCAAAGCCAACGGCCAAGACUUUAUUAGUGAAGUUGCAACAAUUGGAAGGAUUCACCACACAAAUGUUGUGCAAAUCAUUGGCUUUUGUGUUGAGGGACCAAAGCGUGCACUUAUAUAUGAAUUCAUGCCUAAUGGUUCUCUCGACAAAUAUAUUUUUUCUCAAGAAGGAAGUAUCCCCUUAAGUAUUGAGAAAAUAUAUGAGAUUUCUCUUGGAGUAGGCCGUGGAAUUGAAUAUCUACAUCAAGGAUGUGACAUGCAAAUUCUUCAUUUUGAUAUCAAGCCUCAUAACAUUCUUCUUGAUGAGAACUUCACCCCAAAAGUUUCUGAUUUUGGGCUUGCCAAACUUUAUCCUCCAGAUGAUAGCAUAGUUUUUUUGACUGCUGCAAGAGGAACACUAGGAUAUAUGGCUCCAGAGUUGUUCUAUAAGAACAUUGGAGGCAUCUCUUAUAAAGCUGAUGUUUAUAGUUUCGGCAUGUUAUUAUUGGAAAUGGCAAGCAGAAGAAAGAACUUCAAUGCAUUUGCAAACCACUCAAGCCAAAUUUACUUUCCAACUUGGGUCUAUGACCAAGUUUGCGAAGAAAAUGACAUAGUAAUGGAAGAUGUCACAGAGGGGGAGAAGGAAAAAAUUAAGAAGAUGAUCAAAGUUGCAUUAUGGUGCAUACAAAUGAAGCCUAGUGAUCGACCUUCAAUGAAUAAAGUUGUAGAAAUGCUUGAAGGAGAAGUUGAAUGCUCACAAAUGCCUUCCAAGCCUUUCCUAUCAUCUCUAGGGGAUGUAAGAGACAACUUAUCUCCAACUUGCUCAUCAAUUCUAUCAGGUGAAUCAAGUCAAUCAUCUCAAUUUUAAAUGCAAAGAAUUUGAUAUGUCAGUAGGCUGAUUUACAUGUGAAAGUUUUAGGAAUUUUAGGUGUUGGCUAAUUCCUUAACAAGUUUGCUUGUAAUCUCUACAAAAGUUUACUUGUAAUGACAAAGUUUUAAUGUUAUUGUUUUCAA